AUGGAAGGUGGCGAUAUUUUCGACGAUGACGACAGGCCUAAACUUACCUGGCACACCUCGACGAUUCGUCCUCCAGACAUUGAUGAGAGACAAGAACUUGGGGAGGAUGUCUACAGUUUGAUCUUUGUGGCGCCCGUAUUUGGAAGAACGUUCAUGUUUGCUCUAUAUGUGGUCUUUUUGAAGCUGAUGUUGUUUACACUAUUGGGUUUUGACUUGUAUAGUCGAAGUCAAGGGAACUUUAAUGGCAAGAGCACAUUGACCAGAGUUACCCAAUUCUUCUUGAUCCCAGUUGCUGUGGCUAUGCAGGAAGAUUUAAUGGCUGUAUUUGCUCGAAUCGCGAAUGUGAAGUAUGAUCAAGACAUCCUGGAGACGUCACCAUACGCUACCCCCUCCAAGUUCGCCUUGAGUUUCUUGCUUCGGUUUGCUGAUGGAUUAUAUAGCUUGAUUCUGAAUUUCAUUCUGCUUUUGAUCACAGAUGAGGUGCUUAACCUAUUUCUGAACUUCGCUGCCCUAGGGUUCUUGCAAAGCAUCGACGAUGUGGCCUUUUCCGUGGUGGCCAAUGGUUAUCUAGGGGACAAAAUGGAGAGUCGUGCAGACUUGGUUCGAGACAUUAGUCUACCGAGGCGACGUGGCGAUUCCUUCACCAACUCUUUAGAUUCCGUUCUCUUUUUCUCGACUUGUUCUGUGAUGUUUGGGAUUUAUGUUUUCAUUCUUGUCAAUGACCAGGGGAGCUUGUCCUCGUGA